AUGCUUAAACAUCAACAAAUCCACACGGGACAAAAACCUUAUCAAUGUCUGGAGUGUGAGAAAUCUUUUAUUCGGAAAACAAGUCUCAAAAUCCACAGGAAAAUUCACAUGGAAAUAAAACCUUAUAAAUGCUUCAAGUGUGGAAAAUGUUUCACUCGGAGUUCAUCACUUUGCAAUCAUACUAAAACACACACAGAGGAGGAAAGCAGAACGUGCCUAGAUUGUGGGAAAUGUUUUUCCAGGAAAUCAUCCCUGCGGCAACAUCAGACAAUCCACACUGGGGAGAGACCCCAUGAAUGCCCGGAAUGUGAGAAACGAUUUGGGAGUUCUUCCAGACUUCGGAGUCACCAAAAGACGCACACGGAGGAAAAACCUUAUAAAUGUAACGAUUGUGAGAAAUGUUUUGCUCUAAAGAAAAGUCUUUUUCGACAUCAGAUAAUCCACACAGGGGAGAAACCCUAUCAGUGCAUUGAGUGUGGAAAUUUUUUUCGUUCGAUAUCAAACCUCGGACAGCAUAAGAAAAUUCAUAGAGGGGAAAAAAAAUACAAAUGUUUAGACUGUGGGAGAGCAUUUAUUAAUUCAGAUCGUCUUAGAAGUCACUGGCAAGCCCAUAUAGGAGAGAAGCCCCAUAAAUGCUCGGAGUGCGAUAAAUGUUUUUCUAGGAGAUACAGCCUUUUGAUACAUCAGAGUACCCACAGUGGAGAGAAACCACAUAAAUGUUCGGAGUGUGGGAGAUGUUUCGCCCGAAAAACAAACCUAACUCGACAUGAGAGACUUCACACUGGAGACAGGCCCUAUCAGUGCCCUGAAUGUGACAAGCGAUUUCUGGUGUCUGCUGAACUCCGGAUACACCAGAGAACCCACAGUGGAGAGAAACCAUAUAAAUGUCCGGAGUGUGGGAGAUGUUUCGCCCAAAGGACACACCUAACUCAUCAUGAGAGACUUCACACCGGAGACAGGCCCUAUCAAUGCCCAGAAUGUGACAAGCGAUUUGUGGAGUCUGCUGAACUCCGGAGACACCAGAGGAGGCACACAGGAGAGAAGCUCUAUAAAUGUGGGGCGUGUGCGAAAAGUUUUCCUACAGUAACACUGCUUCGAGUUCAUGAGAGGAUCCACACAGGGGAGAAGCCUUAUAAAUGUAAUGAAUGUGGGAAAUGUUUUUCCAACAAAUCAUCCCUGCAGCGACAUCAGAGAAUCCACACUGGGGAGAGACCUUAUCAAUGUCUGGAAUGUGGGAAAUGUUUUUCCAGGAAAUCAUCCCUGCGGGUACAUCAGACAAUCCACACUGGGGAAAGACCCCAUGAAUGCCCAGAAUGUGAGAAACGAUUUGGGAGUCCUUCCACACUUUGGACACACCAAAAGACGCACACGAGAGAAAAACCUUAUAAAUGUAACGAUUGUGAGAAAUGUUUUGCUCUAAAGAAAAGUCUUUUUCUACAUCAGAUAAUCCACACAGGGGAGAAACCCUAUCAGUGCAUCGAGUGUGGAAAAUUUUUUCGUACGUUGUCAAGCCUUGGAAAGCAUAAGAAAAUUCAUAGAGGGGAAAGAAAAUACAAAUGUUUAGACUGUGGGAGAGCAUUUAUUAAUUCAGAUCGUCUUAGAAGUCACUGGCAAGCCCAUAUAGGAGAGACGCCCCAUAAAUGCUCGGAGUGCGAUAAAUGUUUUUCUAGGAGAUACAGCCUUUUGUUACAUCAGAGUACCCACAGUGGAGAGAAACCACAUAAAUGUUCGGAGUGUGGGAGAUGUUUCGCCCAAAAAACAAACCUAACUCGACACGAGAGACUUCACACUGGGGACAGGCCCUAUCAGUGCCCUGAAUGUGACAAGCGAUUUCUGGUGUCUGCUGAACUCCGGAUACACCAGAGAACCCACAGUGGAGAGAAACCAUAUAAAUGUCCGGAGUGUGGGAGAUGUUUCGCCCGAAGGACAAGCCUAACUCGACAUGAGAGACUUCACACCGGAGACAGGCCCUAUCAGUGCCCAGAAUGUGACAAGCGAUUUCUGGUGUCUGCUGAACUCCGGAUACAUCAGAGGAUCCACACUAGGGAGAAGCCGUACAAAUGUGUGGAGUGUGGGAAAUGCUUUUCCCAAAAACAACACCUUGGAACUCAUCAAAAGGUCCAUAAAAGAAGGAAGCCAUAAAGACUCAU